UGCCUGAAUGCUCUUAUAUCCAAGGCUUUCUAGAAGCAAUAAUUGUUUGUUUCUACAGGUGCUUCUUCCUGCCCUCUCUCCCACCAUGACCAUGGGGACAGUUCAGAGAUGGGAAAAAAAAGUGGGUGAGAAGCUAAGUGAAGGAGACUUAUUGGCAGAGAUAGAGACUGACAAGGCCACUAUAGGUUUUGAAGUACAAGAAGAAGGUUACCUCGCAAAAAUUCUGGUUCCAGAAGGCACAAGAGAUGUCCCUUUAGGAACACCACUCUGUAUCAUUGUAGAAAAAGAGGCAGAUAUACCAGCAUUUGCUGACUAUAGGCCAACUGGAGUAACUGAUUUAAAGCCACAAGCACCACCACCUACCCCUCCCCCGGCGACCCCUGUUCCUCCAACUCCCCAACCUGUAGCCUCUACACCAUCAGCCACCCGCCCGGCUACUCCUGCUGGACCAAAGGGAAGGUUGUUUGUUAGCCCUCUUGCAAAGAAAUUGGCAGCAGAGAAGGGGAUUGACCUUACACAAGUAAAAGGGACGGGACCAGAAGGCAGAAUCAUCAAGAAGGACAUCGACUCUUUCGUGCCUACUAAAGCUGCUCCUGCUCCAGCAGCUGCCGUGCCUCCCCCAGCUCCAGGAGUGGCACCAGUACCUACAGGUGUCUUCACAGAUAUCCCACUCAGCAACAUUCGUCGAGUUAUUGCACAGCGGUUAAUGCAAUCCAAGCAAACCAUACCUCAUUAUUACCUUUCUAUCGAUGUCAAUAUGGGAGAAGUUUUGUUGGUACGGAAAGAACUUAAUAAGAUGUUAGAAGGGAAAAGCAAAAUUUCUGUCAAUGACUUCCUCAUAAAAGCUUCAGCUUUGGCAUGUUUAAAAGUUCCUGAAGCAAAUUCUUCUUGGCUGGACACAGUUAUAAGACAAAAUCAUGUUGUCGAUAUCAGUGUUGCAGUCAGUACUCCUGCAGGACUCAUCACACCUAUUGUAUUUAAUGCACAUAUAAAGGGGCUGGAAACCAUUGCUAAUGAUGUUGCUUCUUUAGCAACCAAAGCACGAGAGGGUAAACUACAGCCACAUGAAUUCCAGGGUGGCACUUUUACGAUCUCCAAUUUAGGAAUGUUUGGAAUUAAGAACUUCUCUGCUAUUAUUAACCCACCUCAGGCAUGUAUUUUGGCCAUUGGUGCUUCAGAAGAUAGACUGGUUCCAGCAGAUAAUGAAAAAGGAUUUGAUGUGGCUAGCAUGAUGUCUGUUACACUCAGUUGUGAUCAUCGGGUUGUGGAUGGAGCAGUUGGAGCCCAGUGGCUUGCUGAGUUUAGAAAGUACCUUGAAAAACCUAUCACCAUGUUGUUAUAAUUAACCCAAGAAUUUCUACAGACUUUCCCAAGUUACAUUGGUUCAUUCUUACAAAGAUAUAAAUAUGUUAUUAAAUAGGUGUUUCUUUUUAUUUUAAAGCUAACCAGUUAUUUUUUAGUCUGUCCAGUUAAGUUAUUUGUAAUGGUCAUUAUGUUAUCUUUUAAAAUGCCAGUUACACCCAAAUAUUGUGCACAUUUAGUAAAUACCAGCUUUUAAGCUGUAUACUUGUAGGCAGGGGACAUGCAGCAUAGCACUUUGGUGAUAAGUACUUCCACUGGGAUAUGUAGAGGUAGAAUGAGUCGGGUAUAUUCAAGUAACCUGGAUGAAACCAUGAGAUUUUGAGAUUUAAUUGCCUCAAAUGUUUUCCUUAUAUUUGAAGAAAAGAGAAAUCAGGAAAAUUUAUUCUCUUGUGGAGAAAAGGUUUGAAUCGAAGUGUGAUGUUGUAACUUAACCCUAAUUAAAAUUUUUCUGUUAUAUGAUCUUGGUUUUAUCAUGGAUGGGAAAAGUAGAAAACUUCAAAGAAAAUAAGUGAAAAUUUAAAAGUCAACAUUUUCUUAGAUUUCUUCAACCACUGUUCUAUCUUUUUUUAUGUAUCCUAAAAAGGUUGUUCCCCCUUCUUGAGAUGAGAGAGAAAUAUAAACCAGCUGCUUGGCAUAAAUGAGAAUUUGUGUGGGUGUUUAAACAAUUUAAAUGUAUAAUGCUGAGCAAAAUUCUAGUUACCUCCAAAUAAAAGAAUAUGCUUAUAGAAUUUUACAGAGAGGUUGUGAACCAGAAUUUUUCCUCCAAUAUCAACUGGAGGUUACUUGCAAAUGAACUUAAUUACCAGAAUUUACUACUCAGAUAACUUUGGGAAACUGGAAUACGUAUACAUAUAUAACAUAUGAUUUCUAGCAAGAUAUGUGCCAAAGUCCGUAUGUAUAUCAACAAGUUCUGUCUGAAGAGGGAGAGAGAUACAUUGGUGAACAGUUUAGAAUAUAAAAGAUGAUCACCACCAACAAAAUGGUCAUUUCUAGUUGGAAAAAGGAAAAACUUAAAUGUAUGUUACAGUGUCCUUUGUUUUUCCACCCCAGUGUUGACUCGUGUAAAAUAAAAAAAGCCCUAAAAUCCUAUUGGAGAGAAAAUAAUUAUUUAGGUUGCAUACUACCUUAUCAGCCUAAAUAUUUUUCCCCAUUUUGCCUCCUAAGCAGGGACUGGGGUGAGGUUCAGGAUAAUAAAAAUGAAUUGGGAACAUUAUCACAAUUCCAGGCUUUCUAUUGAAUUGAUGUGCUUUAAUAAAUAUUUGAAAUUGUUUGACUAUUUAAAA